AUGGAUAUAAUGAGACGAAGUGAAGUGUGGCUGAGAGCACAUAGUAAAAAUAUCGAACAAGAGAAGUACUUGGAGAAAAAACUCACUUCCUUCAGUACCAAAUGUCGCAGACGAACAAAUCAAGUGCAGCAGCAGAUAUUUGAUAUCUAUCAUCAAGAAUUACAACCGUUACAACAGGAAGCCAACAAAGGAACAUUCCAAAGCCAUCAUCUUGAAUAUGACAGCCGACAUUUUGCUCCACAGAGAAACUUGCAUCAAAGAAGUCCACCAAAGGUGGAAAUAUCUGACAUUCGUCGUUCAUCCCAAAGCACAACAGUCAGUGAAUUAGUGAAAGGGGCCAGUAAAAGAAUAAAAUUUCCAAAAAUAGGAAUAAAGUUGAAGACUGAUAAUGUUAUCUACGUUGACCAACCAAGGAGAAAGUCCACAGAUAACAUUGCAGAUUAUUGGUUGAGAUCCUUGAAGGCCAAAUCAAUGAAAUACCAUGAAAGAGAUCAACGCUUGUCAUCUAUCCGUAGAGCUUUAAACAUUGGAGAGAGCUGA